ACGCCGUGGCGCGUCAGUCGGCAGCAGGUCGGCGGCCAUAGCAAGCGCGAGAUGGCGCUCAACAUCGAGGACUGCAAAUGCGCGGAACUUUGAGAAAAUCUUCGAAGGGAGCACCCCGACACCAACAUCUAGAACAGCUGAACUAGUUACUAAAAGAUGGUGCCUCUAAUUCUGGUGUUUUCAACUUGCUGCAAGAAUCGUCUGUCUACUGUCACUGACUAGUUUACAAUAAACCCAAGGACUGUGCCAAUGGAUAGCACCGACGAGCCAGACAUGACCUGCCACCAGGUUGCAGAAGAAGAAUCUGCCGUCGAAGAAGAAGAGGGACAGGUGAUUGGCUACUUUCAGCUCGAUCACUCCAGGCUUCAGCUGGUGGAAGGUGAGAACACCUUCUACCUCCCGCCGGAUGCACUCGGGGAGCAUGUCCUGAUGACUGAAGAUGGAAAAGAAGGGCAGCAGAUCAUAGUGGUGGUUGAAGAAGGCUCAGAAGAUGCAGUCGUCCAAGCAUUCGAUGCCCGUGCAUUGCUGGGUGAUCAAACAACUUUUACAGUGGACCAACUGCAAGGUGCUCUUUCUGAGUCACUAUCCCUACAAGACCAGUUUGCAGGAAUGACGACCAUCACUACGGGAGAGCAACAGCAGUUGCUUAUUUUAUCUGAGGAUCCUGAUGAGAAAGAAGGCCCAGGCUUCGAGGAUACUGCAGUCGUCCCGGGAGCAUCUCCCGGGGAAGAGAAUGCUGACACAGAAAACACGCUGCUCUACCAGCAAGGCUUGGAAGAGGUACCUCCCGAACAGUGUAGCACUGCUAGUGAAGCAGGUCAUGGAGAGCUGCAGCCAAGUCUAGAGGAACUGCCUGAAGGAACUGGUGACCUGAACAAAUCUCUGGAGACUCUGGAUAGUGGCAGUGAUGUUCUGAAAAAUUCUCUAGGUUUAGAGGUAUGCUCGGGCCCCCUGCCACUAAGUGGGAAUCUCAAGUUUGUGGCUGAAAAUGAGCAGGUGUCGGAAGAGGGGCUCGGGAAGUGCACUGGAGCCGAGCUUGGGAUGCUACCACCAAUAAUGGAAGGUAAUUCUGAGUGUAGUAAAGCACAAAUAGAGUCUGGAUUUGGGGCUCCUCAGGCAGGGAGUGAAGAGGGUGGCUGCAGCAGGAUCUCUGUUGAUCCUGGGAAGAAUGACGUGGUGCAAUGUCAUUUACUGCCUACUGUACUGAUGAGACCAGAGGAACCUAGUAUUGGCCAAGAAGGAUAUCAGGAACAGCCCAAGACUACUGGCCAUGAUGGAAAUGACACAUUGACCAUGAUCACCGAAGGUUUUCACAAAGAACUUCUGGAACAAGUACCUCCAACUGGUGCUCAAGACGAAAGUGUUCCUGGCACGGCUGUGUCGGAGCCAUCUCAAGCCGCCUUGCUUGCUGCUUCUGAGCAUUAUGACCCACUCUCUUGUGGCAACGGUAUUGGAGAAGGAGACGAAAGCUUUCGUGAGACAGUUGCUCACAUAAACAACCUUCCUGAUGUUCAAGGCGUAGAGAAGUCUGAAGAAAAAUUAGUGGACAGAAGUGAAAAUGUCCUUGAUCUGCAACUAGAUUGCAAUACUCAGUCUAGAAGUAUUUGCAAAGAAAGAGAAACAAAUCUGGAUCAACAUAAUUGUUUCAAUGUGAAUGAACUCUUCAGGGAAGAAAAAGAAGAAAAUCUGAAGGAUGUGAACGAGCUGUUUGACAAACAACCUGAUGUUAACAGAGAUACCUUGUUACACUCAGUGUCAAAAGUGGGUUUUCAUCACAACAUCCUUCACAAGAACUCUGAACUUGACAUUGACAAUGAGUCUGAAAAUAUGUCUAGUGAAAUAUCUCCUGUGAAGUGUCGGGGGGAAAGUGAAAUGAGUUAUGGUUCUGAAACUGCUGUGGCAGCUGAAGCAAUUCCUUCCGAAACUCCUGCUGAUUUUGAACAAAGCAAUCCUAAUCAAAUGACAUCUAGGAGUGCACUAAUGAAAGAUGAGGAGCAGAUUCAAGUCAUAAGUGCCAGUGAUGGUCAUGCAUCAGUUUUGGAGCCUGUCAAAGAAAGUGAGCCAGGCAGUUCCCUGAGAGGAGUCUUGUUUGAAGAAGCAGAAAGUCAUUUGAUGGUACCAGAUCUGGAGCAUAAAAAAGAUGUGAUAAAAACCAAAGACCUUGACUUUAUGGAAAUGGAUAAAGAUAAUUGUGUGGUCAGAGAAACAAUCACGGAUGCCACAGAACAUGAGGCACUUCAGCUUAGGUCUGGUGCUGAUGCAGGCAGCACUUAUGAAAAUACAGAUGAUCAGUUACAAGAUGAGUUGCCGAGAAGCCCCAACAGCACUGAAGAUCAAGGCCAAGAUAAUUGUGAAGACAGGUACACAUACUCUGCAGAUCAUGAUAGGUGUUUGGAAGGGACUGCUCCUCAGUCGAUAAAAGAAGCCGAGUUUUUUUACCAUGAGCUGCAGGAACAAGAGAAGGACAAGCCAAAAGGGAAAGCCUUGUCUACAGACAGCUCAAUAGUGUUGGAGUCUGGGACAUCAGGGAGCAAAGAGCAUGACAGCAGCAGAGAGCUUAGUGACCUUGAUCAGUCUGGUGAAAAACUGCUGGCUGCACUUGAUUUAAUGCCUUGCCAGGAGGCUUCAAAUCUACCAACCAAUGGCGUGGCCAAGCCCCCACCAACUAGCAAGCCACGAGACAUCUUCCCAGAUCUGAAGCCGAAAAGGAAACGGUCAAGUUUGUCCCAGGAUGAGGCAAGCUCAUUAGGUAAAAAGCGCUGGAGCCUCCGUACACCCACUACGCCACGAAAGCGAGUUAUCAUUCCUGACAGUGAUGACGAUGACUUUGAUGUUUAUGAGAGUUACGACAUUCUGGAUGAUACUCAAAAUAACAAAUCAGAGGAAGCUUUCGAUGCACUGCUCAGCUUCUUCAAGAUAGAGCAGGCCCAGCAGGAAGCAGCUGAAGCUGCAGGUGCAAAGAAAAAGAAUGCCAAAAAAUCUCCUAAAGGGGCAGCUCCAAGAAGGAAGACACACAGGAAGUCGCUCGAAGCCACUUGUUCGACUCCAAAAGAAAUGCAGUCACCCAAAGAAGUACCUGCUGCAAAGGAAACACCUUCACCAAAGAAACAGCGAGUGAAAUUGUUGGAGAAUGUGACUAGGAAAAAUUCUGACAUGAAGAGACAGGAGAAUAUUUGCACAGCCCCUGUACCUUCACCAACAAAACUAGCACGAAAGCGGCGAUCCGAGCCCACAGAAUCACUGCUCCCAAAGAAGGAUGUGUUGGCUGAAAGCUGCAAACGUAUUCCAUCAGUGAGCGACACGUUUGCAGGUGACAUCCACAUUCGAUGCCAGAAGCCAAGUUGUUCAUCCGACAAAGGUAUCCCACGUUAUCACUGCUCCAAGUGUGGCUUUCGUUCAGCUCGAGUGGAGAACAUCAUAUGGCACCACAAGCAGGACUGUCCUUACACAAAGAACCUGCACAGAUGGGAUCCAGAGCCAUGGAAUCAAGCAGACGUCCCCGACAGAAGUUUGCAACAACCUGUGUAAGUUUUUCUGUGUGUGCAUGGACUACCAUGGCUCAUGGGAAGACUCAGUGACCUGAACGAGGCAUUGGUAGUUUUACGUUACUUCCACCUUUUUUGGGGUUCUUUUUUAUAUGUUUACUUUAAGUGUGCAUGUCAGCCACUGUCUUCGAGAGAUCCCCGUGCAGGAUGAAAGGUGGCUAAAAAUGUAUUGUGUGUUUUGAGAAGUGUAGGCAUGGACCUGCUUGUGCUGUCAGUGAAGUGUUUGAGUUGUGGUACUCUGAAAAGUGAAGAACUCUGAGGCACAGAAGGUAACUCAGUCACCAUGAAGCAUGUUCAUUUCAAGCUAUUGCAACCACGUGGGAGCACUCUUAUAGUUGCUUGCAGUGUAUUCAAGUUGUCAACAGUCAAGUAACAUGAGCUGUAGGUUGUGCACCCGAUACAUAUGUGUGCUGUCCUUAUUAUUUGUCUGAUUCAAUUUCUUGCAAGAUCUGAGCUAGUGCUGUCCAUCUGCAGUGAUUUCCCGUCGGUAGUUAGUUAUGGUGUAACUUGGUGGUUUAAGUUGUUAGGCUCUGCUUUACAUGGAAAAUUCUGUUUGUCAUUAAUUGUUUGUUUCUCCAAUUGAUAUGAUCUUACUUUCACCAAAACAGUGAAAAGAAAUCAUGUAACAUCAGCAAAUGUGUGAAGAAAUUAAAUGCUACUAUACCUUAUUUUUUUUAUUUUUUGUAUGUUGACAUUCUAGGUUUGACUUAAUAGGGGGAGGAUUACAUUUGGUCAUUGCUUAAAUUGCCUCCUUCAACCACAUUUUCGUUUGCCUUUUUUCCCCCUUAUACACCUUUUCCGCGUAGUCGUCGCCAUCUUGCGUGUUGCAGCGACAGCCGCGCCGUCUGGCGUCUGGCGUACGGUUGUUGUGCGCCCAUUUUGGUAUGCGGAGAGCAGCGUUGUUCCUAGCUCCUGCUUUGUCCCC